AUGAGCGCCAUGGAGAAUAGGAAGAACUCUUUGCAUGGUAGUCCGAACGGCUUAAGUGGGUUGAAUAUGGUUUUGCCGAGGGAGGGCGAUUCCAAUAAUGGGAUAAUGACAACAGAAGAUGCGAGAAAUGGCAAAUUAAAGGGAGACAAGGAUUUGAACAUGAAGAUGCACGUUGGAAUGGGUACUACGCCGAUCAAUACGCGGCUCGGUAAUACUAUGAACAGUGAUGUAGCCAAUUCGAUGAGUUACCUGUUGGAACAGCCUCAAUCCGGAACGUUAAUUGGUGAUAGAUUAAUUCUGGAAACUAGUGAGGAGCCGGUGGGAGUCAACUUGGUCGAUGGACAGAAUGCCAGGAAUAAUCAACAGAUGCUCAACAAUGCUAGCCAUAUGGAUCCUGCAUUUACGUUACCAGCAGAUGAUACCAUGAAUAAUUCUGCCGCUGCCGCAGCUGCUGCCGCAGCGGCAGCAGCAGCAAGUACCGGUCCAUCUCAACCAACGAUGCAAUCAACCCCUUCUAUUUCAACUGGGGGUUCGACAAAUUUCCAAGUGCAAAUAGCUCAGAGGUUAGCGGAUAUAGAUCAAAGGAUAUUAAGAAUGGAGAUGUUGAUGGACAACGUAUGCAAUAAGAUCGAUUCUCAUUCACAACAGCAAUCGCUAUGGAAGAACGAUAUGCACCAAAUGGAAAACAAGGUUAUAGAUGUUUUAGAUGAGAUAAAGAGUAACAUAUUUUCAUUAAAGAGACAAGUGAGUAACCAAGGCGAUGGGGCGUUCGCCGCGGAACUGAUUAAUGCGAUCAGCAACGUUAGUAAUAAGCAUAUAAGGAAAAACACUUAUGGAUUCCCUGCGGGGAAUCCACAAGGGAAUGAUAUGGGCCAAACGAUGAAUGGGUAUAAUAAUGCAAUGCAGCUAAGUAGCAUGGCUGCCCCUAUGUCAUACGUACCUGGUGAACAAGUUAAUUUGAACCAACUUGGUAAUUCAAAAGACCAGAUAGAUAGGUUUCUAACGAAGUCUGCCAACGAAUUCAUGUUAGAUCCCAGCGGCUUGAAGAAAAGAAGAAAGAACCCAUCAUCGUCAAAUGAGUCUCCGAUCACUCUAUCUCAUACCAAGACCCAUAGCACUAGCCAACCAAUCAAUUAUAGCGCAAGUCUACCAAAUUUGAAUCUGGACGCGUUGUCAAAAGUGAUGUUGCCUCAACAUCAACAACUAACUCACAACGGCGGAUCACAACACCCACUUUCUGACAAGAGCAUCAAGUUUGGGAUAUCUUCAACUUCCCAUUCAUCGUCGAACUCAAGCGAUUCUGAUGACGAGGAAGACGAUAUAGAUGACGAGGAAGACGAAGCAGAGGACGAGGAAGAUGAGAACGACGAUAGUCGCGACGUAAACGACCACGAUAACGUUGAAGGCAGGGAAACUUUGACAAAGAAAUCGAUGAAACCAGGUAACUCUAUAGAGGGGAGGGAUCCUUCGGGGACCAACGGAACUGUUAAUUCUACUACUAAUAACCAUAUGAAUACCAUCGAUACAGCAACUAACACUAGCAGUCAACUCCAAGGAACAGUUAUUAGAUCAACUGCAGACACAGAAAAUCCCAAACAAGAAAGCAACGCAUCAGCUGCUGCUACAUCUGGUGCUGCUACCGGUGUUGCUACUGGCACUACUACUGCCAAUAUUGCCACUUCUGCUUCGGAUAAACUAAAACUACACGGGGACUCCAAGAAGGAACCCAAAUUUACAAUGAUCAAGGCACCAUCCAGUGUGAAAGAAAUAUGGAGAGAAUACACCCAAGGCAUCGACGGUAGGCCCAGCAUCAAAUCGCUCGACCAAAAGUUCGGGAACAAAUGGCGAGCCAAUAAGAACAAGAAAACUUACUCUAGACGGAAGAGAAUGUACAAAUUCAUCUUAAACGGCAUCAAGAAGGGGAAAUCUGAAGAAGAAAUGGUACAAAUGCUCGAAAACAAAAGAAUAUACAAGGAUAGUGAUGGUAAUCAAAAGAAGAGAACUAUCGGCUGGCUCCAACAAAGCCUCUCUGGAAUAUGA